AUGUCUGACGUUGAAUCUGAAGAAGGAGAAGAUCAGGGACCUAAUUUGGGAACUUAUGAAGGAGAGAGAAAUGAAGAAGGUGAACGUCAUGGACAAGGGUCAGCAGUCCUUCCAAAUGGAGACACUUACAAAGGCCAAUAUGCUAAUGGCAAGAAGAAUGGACAAGGAUUUUACAAGUUUAAAUUUGGUGUUCGUUAUGAUGGACAAUAUGAAAAAAACAAUUUGAAACAUGGAGAAGGUACAUUCUAUUAUCCAGAUGGAUCUAUAUACGAAGGACAAUGGCAUAAUGAUGUUCGUCAAGGUAUUGGUAAAUACACUUACGUUAAUGGAGACACAUAUGAAGGAGAGUGGGAUGCUAGCUUACGUCAUGGUACUGGUACAUAUACAUACAAACAAACAGGAGCUCAGUAUGGGAUAGGACAGUGGGUCAAUGGACGACGUGAGGACGGAGAACUCAUUUUUCCUGGCUAUAAAUAUAAAGGAAACUUCCUUGGAGAUCAGCCUCAUGGAGCAGGGAAAUACUCGUUUGAUUUUGGAGUACAACAAUUGGGUGAUUACGUUCUGGAAAAAUCAAAUAAAGAGGGUGAAGAUGAUGAAGAAGACGAUGAGGAAAGUCAAAAGCUUGUACCAAGAUGGCGGGUGGACAAGUGA